AUGUUCGGACCAAAGACUUGGAUUUGGGCGACCCUCGCGGUCUCGUCCGUCCCAACUCUGGCGGCGCGCGCGCCGUGGAAUCUCGGGAAUGGCUUUGAGUUGACGGUAGACAGUGACGCCAAUCAUCUGUCUGUUUCUCGUGGGAAUAUCCCAUUCUGGGAGACCAUCCCGGGUAAGCCAUUCCUGGGUGCCAGCGCUGGGAUCGAUAAUGUUGUCGGAGCAAAUGGAAACUUCAAGAUCACCGACGUCGAUGAUGACAAGUGCACUACUCAACACAUCCACCGUGUAGCCCAGUCCGCGUGGGCUGAAAGUCUCAACCACAAGGCUGCUGUUGUACAAGGUACACUUUCCGGCUGUGGCGACGACACUGUUGGAUUUUCCUUUGCUAUCUGGGUGCCCUCUUCGCUGCCUGACCGCAUUGCCUUCCGUAUUAACGUCAACCCGGGCUCUUCGUCGAACCCGUCCACGAAGGUUUUCUUGACCUACCGUUCCUCCGAGUCCGAAGACUUCUAUGGAUUUGGUGGCCAGGGAUCCUUUGCCUCGCUCAAGAAUCAGUCGGUCCCCAUUUUCUCCCGUGAACAGGGAGUUGGCCGUGGAGAUCAGCCCACCACUCGCCUGGAGAGCGAGGACAGCUUCUUUGCCGGCGGUGAUCAGUUCACCACCUACUCCGCCGUUCCUCAGUAUAUCUCCUCGAAGGCGCGCGUUUUUCACUUGUCGGAGGAUAGCACAGCAUACACUAAAUUCGAUUUUGAGAGCCCCGAGGCCGUGACCGUGAGAUAUGCUGCACUCAACGUUGAAGGCUACCUCAUGCAAGCCGAGAAUAUGCUCCAUGGUAUCACCAUGUUGACUGAGUACACCGGCCGCAUGGCGGAGCUUCCCCAAUGGGUGGAUACCGGUGCGGUUAUGGGUAUCCAGGGCGGUCAGGAGAAGGUCAACCGAAUCGUUGACCAGGGCCUUCGCCAGAAUUGUCCUAUCGCCGGUGUCUGGCUCCAGGAUUGGUCUGGUACUCACAAGCAAAGCGCUUCCUUUUUCUCUGGCGAGAUAUCUCGUCUUUGGUGGAACUGGGAGUCUGACGAAAAGCUCUACCCUACUUGGAACAAGUUUGUUCAGAACCUGCGCGACGAACACAACGUGCGCACUCUGAGCUAUGUAAACCCCUUCCUUGCCAAUGUGAGCACCAAGCCCGAUGGCUAUCGCCGGAACAUGUUCCUGGAGGCCACCAAGGGUGGGUACAUGAUCCAGAACGCCACGACCAACAGCACCUCUAUUGUUUCCAGCGGCCCGGGGAUCGACGCCGGAAUCCUGGAUCUCACCAACCCCGAGGCUCGUGCCUGGUUCCGUGGCAUUCUGACCGAUCAGGUCUUCAGCGCCAACAUCUCGGGCUACAUGUGCGAUUUUGGUGAAUACACCCCUGUGCUUCCGGACACCCAAUUCUACAAUAAGAGCAUCGACCCUCUCUUUUACCACAACCAGUACCCUCGCGAUUGGCCCAAGCUUCACCACUCGCUCAUCAAUAGCGUUUCCAGCUUCAAGGAUUCCAUUCUUUUCCAGCGUUCGUCGGCUCUGGGCUCUCAGCGCUACAUGAACCUGUAUUGGGCUGGUGACCAAGACACCAACUGGGGUGUGAAUGAUGGUAUCAAGUCCUCUGUGACCGUCAUGGGCCACAUGGGUCUGUCCGGCUUCCCCCAUGGUCACGUUGAGAUUGGCGGAUACACCACUACUUGGACCGAUGCCGGUACUGUCAACCGCACUGCCGAGCUGCUUGGACGUUGGGGCGAGUUGUCUGCUGUCUCCAGCGCCGUCUUUCGAUCCCACGAGGGCAAUGUGCCCCAGCUGAACGCGCAAUUCUACACCAACGCGACCACUUACGCCUACUACGCCUAUAAUGCCCGCAUGUUCCGCAGCCUGGCCGCUUACCGUCGUCGAAUCCUGGAUACCGAGAGCAAGAAUCUCUCCUGGCCGUUGCUUCGCAUGCCUGUUAUCUAUCAUCCUGACGAUGCCAAGGCCAAGAGCAUCAGCUAUGAGAGCUUCUACCUUGGGUCCGACCUGUACGUAGCUCCUGUUCUGGACCAGGGCCGUACCAGCGUCGAGGUCUACCUGCCCGGUAAGGAGACUUUCACCCACGUCUGGAGUGGGCAAAAAUACCAGGGUGGUCAGACUAUCCAAGUUGCCGCUCCUUAUGGCAAGCCUGCUGUCUUCGUCGUGGGUCAACCGAAGCACGACGAUCUCAAGGACUUCCUUGAAUUUACCCGGAAGGAAAAUGGAACUGUGAUCCGCGUUUGA